ACGUAUUCAUUUUCGACCAUCAAACUAUGUUUGUAAGACGUACGAAAAAUGGCGAAUGAGAAGCAUUCAUUCUUUCAGUUGCUCUUCUUCACCUUGUUUUGCACAACGAUACUUGUAAGAGGGUCAAGAGUAGUUCAAAUGGCAGAAACAACGUUCAAGUUUAAGGAUAUUUCUAAAAGAUUAUUGAUCGGAUCAGUCGUCCCCAUCUGCACUUACAACGAGUGCAAAGGGUGCAAGCACAAGUGCACAGCCAUGCAAGUUCCGGUCCAGGGCAAUGAUCCCGUCAACAGUCCGUAUCGUUACAAGUGCGUUUGCAGUAGGUGAUCCAUCCUUUCAAUUCUAUACUUGUGUAAUUUAUAUAGGUAGAAACCUUAAUAUUACCAAGAAAUCAAUGUUUCAUAGUAGUUAGAGCAUCUCUCUGUCACAAGAUAGCUGUAUCUGUGGGAUAUUGGUGGAGGAUGCAGACAGAGAAGUUCUCGUCCAAAUUGCUUCACAUCUUUCUUCUGCUUGCUUAGAUAGAUAUAUAAAUUCUCUGUUUUUUCAAAGUGUAACACUUUUACUUCCACAUGUUUGUUCUUACUAGAGCAGAGUGCAGAGGCUGGGGGAGGGUUUUAUCUUUUCAAAUUUCAGUUAAUUUGGUUAUUUACCAUAUCCAACCAACAAAUUUCGAUUA